UUUCCAGAUUGGGAGGAGAGGUUUCUUCAAGAUGAGGAAAUUUGCCAUAUUGUGGUGUCUCUUACUUCUGGGUUUAUCUUCAGCAAGGUACAUGGUUAAAAGACAGGCAGUGGAAGAUGAAUCAAGUGAAAGUACUGAUACUGACAACUUGAUAAAUGACGAAGGCGAUGUUGUCAGUGAUAUGGAAAGUGAUGUCUCUGAAAACGAAGAGGGCGAAGCAAACGAUGUUUCAGGGGCGGAGGGUGGUGAUUCAGAAGAAGGAAGUUACGAGGAAGAAGCAGGCGGAGGCGAAAACGACGUUUCUGACAAUGCCCAAGAAAACGAGGAUCGAGGUGAUGACUCAGAUAACUAUAUUGAAAGCGAAGAAGAUGUUUCAGAAAAUGAAGAUAGUGAUUUAGAAGAACAAACUGGCGAAAGCGAUGUUGCCCAAGAUAGCGAGGAUGAAGAUGAAGGGGGCGAAGGUGACGAAGCCGAUGACUCGAAUAACAAUCUUCAGAGUGAGAUAAAAGGCGAUGAAUUGGAAGAAGAAGACGGCGGUGUUGGCGAUGUCUCAGAGGAGGAAGAUGGUGAUUCAGAAGAAGACGUAGAUGCUGACGAUGUUUUAGAGAUGGAUGAUGGUAAUUCAGUAGAAGAAACUACAGAUGAAGAAACACACGAAAGCGAUGUAGUGCAAGAUAUCGAGACUCAAGAUGAAUUACUUGGUGUUGACAUAAAUGGUGAGUCAAACGUAGACGCUACCGAGGAAGAAACAGACGGAGACAACAUCGAUGAUGCACAGGGUGAAGGUUUAGAAGGUGGGGAAGACGAUGACUCAAAUAACAAUUAUGAGAGUGAGAUAAAAAGUGAUGUCGUGGAAGAAGGAUCCGAAGAUGCCGUAAGUGAAAGUAAUGAAAAUGAAGGGCGGGAGGAAAAUGCGGAUUCUGAAGACACCGGGGUUGAAAGCGAGGGCGGUGAUACUAAGGAAAAUGGGGAUAUGGAAGAUAGCUAUAUUGGAGAUAUCGCAAGUGAUACUGCCGAAGCUAAUGAGAUUCAAAGCGAUGAAAUAGGGGACGUGGAAAAAGGACCAGGUUAUCAACCAGAAGCUGGCGAUGUUGAAGAAGCUGAGAGUGAUGAACCGGGCAAAGAAAGGGAGGAUAUUGGCGAUGCUGAAGAUGAAGAACCAGGGGCUCCACAAGCAAUAGCUGUAUAUGGCGGAAUAGAUUUCUUGGAAAACAAGGAAGAUGAGGAUUCCAACGAAUCAGAAACCCCCGAAGCCAUGGAGGCCUUGGAUGAAGCUAACCCGGAAAUGGAAGCAGAACUACUGACCCCUGAAGAACAGGAUAAAUUGUUGAAAGAAGAAGAGAGCAAAGCUAAAAUAGCUAAUGAAGAUGGUGGCACGGAACAAGAUGACGUAGGUGUUAAUUCGCAAGCAGAAGAAGAACUAGAAGAAGAAAGAGAAGAUCAAGAACAAGAUGAUGAACAAAAGGGGAAAGAACAAGAAGAAGGUAAUGGAGAGAAUGAAGUAGCUAAUGAUUUAUUGGAUUCACUUAAUGAAGAUGGUGGCGAGGAACAAGAUGAUAUAAGUGUUAAUUCGCAAACAGAAAAAGAAGAACAAGGCGAAGAACAAGAAGAUCAAGAACAAGAAGAAGUUAAUGGAGAGAAUGAUGUAGCUAAUGAUAUAUUGGAUUCACUUAAUGAAGAUGAUGGCGCGGAACAAAAUGAUGUAAGUGUUAAUUCGCAAACAGAAGAAGAAGAACAAGGCGAAGGUGAUGAACAAACGGGGCAAGAACAAGAAGAAGGUAAUGGAGAGAAUGAAGUAGCUAAUGAUUUAUUGGAUUCACUUAAUGAAGAUGGUGGCGAGGAACAAGAUGAUGUAAGUGUUAAUUCGCAAACAGACGAAGAAGAACAAGAAGGUCAAGAAGAAGAACAAGAAGAUCAAGAACAAGAAGAAGUUAAUGGAGAGAAUGAUGUAGCUAAUGAUAUAUUGGAUUCACUUAAUGAAGAUGAUGGCGCGGAACAAAAUGAUGCAGGUGUUAAUUCACAAGAAGAAGAAGAAAACCAAGAAGAACAAGAACAACAUAAUGAACAAACGGAACAAGAGCAAGAUCAUGAAGUUAAUGGAGAGAAUGAAACUGAAGAAGGACGACGACGACGUAAAAGAGAUGUAAAUACAAGACCCCCAGUUUCCUCUCUAUUCCCAUCUACGGCGUAUGUAAAGAACUCGUUUGUUACUGUAAAGGAUGCCAAACCAGUACCUAAAUCCGCUGGCAGAAGGAAAAGGUUUAUAUUGCCGUCUGAAUAUAACAGAUGGGAUCGUGGUAUAGUACCAUUUGAGUUCGAUGCAGUUUUUAAUACCCCACAGUCACAGUUUGAACGUAGAGCAUGUAUGUUGAAAUAUCAAACCCAAACAUGUAUACGUUUUGUUCAAAAUGACAAAGAUACCAAAUCCAAAUACGGGCUUACUCAUGAUGGCGUUAUGGAACACGUUCUAAAAGGCGGUUGUUGGUCAAUUCAAGGUAACUCAAGAAGGCAUCAAACUGUUAACUGUUGUGGAAAGCCUUUGUGUCUACAUGAAUUAGGUCACACAUUAGGUUUAGUUCAUGAACACCAGUCGGCCUUACGAAAAGGAUGGAUUCGGGUAAACUGGGAGAAUAUUAAACCGGCACAGAAAAGGGCUUUCGUAGACCAAAUGUCUUCUCCACUAAGUUCUAUGGUUGGUUAUGAUAUCACAUCUGACAUGCACUACAAUAUGAAUACUUUCAGUGUUAAUGGUAAACCAGUUAUGUCACAGUUGUACUCUGGACCUUAUUUAAGGGUGAAAAAUACGGACUUUUACGCAUAUAAGGAAGUAUCACUAGGUCACAAAUGUGGAGAGACUUAUUGUGCAAGUGCAGAUUUUCAGUGUGUUAAUGAAGGGUAUUUAACUCUAGUAAGAGAUGAAUGUGUUUGUGCAUGUCCUACUGGUUUAGAAGCUGCGUCGGGCUGUGCUGAUGUGAAGAAAAAGGCUGUAAUGAAGCAGUGGCCAGGUGGUACCUAUUCGAUCUUAAGACCAGAAAACGGUUGCCCAGAAGGACUUAAAGAAGGCAAGGUUGUUGUACACUCGACCAAAUCAUAUAACUCCAAUUUAUGGCAUCUCGGUUCUGGUUAUGACGGCACAAAGACUGAAAUCCAGGUUUGUACCAGUGAUGAAGACAACAAAAGUGAGGUACCGUGGGAACCUGGUGUGUAUUGUAUUCUUAGAAAAGGUGGAAAAUGUCCAGCAGGCUUCACCGAAUCAUUUAUACAAUAUGGGGAGACAACUGCACCGGAAACCACUGGCGCUGUACCAGACGGAGUAUUUGAGCAGCAGACGAGACUUUUCUUCUGUUGUCGCAGUGAUGGUUUUCAGGAUCUUGCAGUAAGGUUACCAAAUACUGUUCCGUUCGCUCUUGUGUCGCAUAGUGGAACUUGCCAAAUUAUUGAAGGUAUGGGCCACCAAGAAGAGUUCUUUGUUGUUCAGAAUAAACCUGCAGCCACAGUUGAUGGUUUUGGCUUUCCGACAAAUGUAGAGCAUCCUAAAGUUACAUUUAAUCCCAACUAUGGGACUAUCAGAUUAGCAGUUUGUUAUUACUAUCCGUUAAAUAUAGGAUGUGGUAAAAUCAUUGACCUAGAUCAUAGUAACCCAUCCGUGACUAUAACUAGUCCUGGAUAUCCAGAAAAUUAUCCUGAUAAAACAGAAUGUAACUGGCUCAUCAAGGGACCAGAACAUCUGACCAUUAAAAUUGAUUUUGAUGAAUUUGAAGUUGAAGGGACAUCAACCUGUCAUGAUUAUUUAGAAAUACGACAAAACAGAAUGGGACAAGCUGGAAUAAAAUAUUGUGGUAGUCAAUUAGGAACGACUAUUGUAAGUGUAUAUAAUAAUAUAAGUCUGACCUUUAGAAGUAAUAGUGCUGUCUCUAAGAAAGGAUUUAAGGCAACGGUUAAACUUAUACAAGAUGAAGACUAUGUUUAUGAUCCAUUAAAUAAAGGCAGAACGUACAGAGGCAAGGUCAAUAUUACCCAUGCGUUUGAACUAUGUUUACCCUGGUCACAAGUUACCCAUUGUGAACAUCACCCGCUGAGACCCGGUGAUUUUGAAGAUGAUUUAAUUGAGAAUUAUUGUCGUAAUCCCAAUGAUGGUAUUAUGCCUUGGUGUUAUACAGCAACAUCUGAUUGCAGUAGAAAUUACUGUGACGUCAGUAAAAUAGGGAAGAUGCACAACAGUUAUGACGACUGUGAUGACGUGAUAAAAGAAGAUCCCGAUUUUUGUCAGAGAGAUACUGCCCUGUCAGGGUGUGCCUUGGCAUGUAGCGGGGGUGGUGGAUCUGCAGAAAAGGAAAAAUCAUAUUUAGAUGUAUCAUGUCCGGCACCGGAAAUAUUAGAAGAUGCUGAGAUAAAGUCUGGAAAGAAAGAUGAAUAUAGAGAAGCAGAUGUUAUAACAUAUAAAUGUAAAACUGAAGAUUUAGAAUACAAGAGUUUCUGUUUAACAGAUGGAACUUGGUCUCCUGUAGGUUAUGUCUGUGGUGGAUGUCCAUAUGAAUGGGCAGAAUAUAAGAAGGGCUGUUAUAAAUAUUUCGGUAUACCAGUGAAACGUGUGGCAGCUGAACAGAUCUGUAAAGAACAUGGAGCUACGUUAACAACAGUUGUAGAUCAAGCCGAAGAAGAUUUUGUGAUCUCCAUCAGGGAAACUAUGCAUAAAGUAAUGAUAGGGUUGGAGAAGAAGGAUGGCAAGUGGGUAUGGCCAGAUGGAAAUGUUACUGAAUGGUUACCAUGGCAAGCUCCACCGUAUGACAGAUACGACUUUAAAUACGCAUCAUUACUUGGUCAAGAUAAGGGAAGAAAAUGGGUAGCAACCAAUGGCUAUUGGCCGGAAGAUUUUGUAUGUAAAAGGGCCACCAAAAAGCACGUGCUAUGUAAAGAUAGAUUGAAAAACUGUGAAGAUAUUAUGGCUGCCUUACCCCAAUCCUGUCAAAAUGGUGGAUGGGCUAGGAGUGAAUGUCCAGUCUCUUGUAAUAUAUGUGAGGUAUCAGGUAAGAUGUUCCUUGAUUAUCCACGUUGA